AUGUUGUCGUGUCUAACCUCUCCAUAUUACCAAGCUUUCUACGUCGUCAGCUUUCUACGUCGUCAGCUUUCUACGUCGUCAGCUUUCUACGUCGUCAGCUUUCUACGUCGUCAGCUUUCUACGCCACCAGCUUUCUACGUCACCAGCUUUCUACGCCACCAGCUUUCUACGCCACCAGCUUUCUACGCCACCAGCUCUCUACGUCACCAGCUCUCUACGUCACCAGCUUUCUACGCCACCAGCUUUCUACGCCACCAGCUUUCUACGCCACCAGCUUUCUACGCCACCAGCUCUCUACGUCACCAGCUCUCUACGCCACCAGCUUUCUACGCCACCAGCUUUCUACGUCACCAGCUCUCUACGCCACCAGCUUUCUACGUCACCAGCUCUCUACGCCACCAGCUUUCUACGCCACCAGCUCUCUACGUCACCAGCUCUCUACGCCACCAGCUUUCUACGCCACCAGCUUUCUACGUCACCAGCUCUCUACGCCACCAGCUUUCUACGCCACCAGCUUUCUACGCCACCAGCUCUCUACGUCACCAGCUCUCUACGCCACCAGCUUUCUACGCCACCAGCUCUCUACGUCACCAGCUCUCUACGCCACCAGCUUUCUACGCCACCAGCUUUCUACGCCACCAGCUUUCUACGCCACCAGCUCUCUACGUCACCAGCUCUCUACGCCACCAGCUUUCUACGCCACCAGCUUUCUACGUCACCAGCUCUCUACGCCACCAGCUUUCUACGCCACCAGCUUUCUACGCCACCAGCUCUCUACGUCACCAGCUCUCUACGCCACCAGCUUUCUACGCCACCAGCUCUCUACGUCACCAGCUCUCUACGCCACCAGCUUUCUACGUCACCAGCUCUCUACGUCACCAGCUCUCUACGCCACCAGCUUUCUACGCCACCAGCUCUCUACGUCACCAGCUCUCUACGCCACCAGCUUUCUACGUCACCAGCUCUCUACGUCACCAGCUUUCUACGCCACCAGCUUUCUACGCCACCAGCUUUCUACGCCACCAGCUUUCUACGCCACCAGCUCUCUACGUCACCAGCUCUCUACGCCACCAGCUUUCUACGCCACCAGCUUUCUACGUCACCAGCUCUCUACGCCACCAGCUUUCUACGCCACCAGCUUUCUACGCCACCAGCUUUCUACGCCACCAGCUCUCUACGUCACCAGCUCUCUACGCCACCAGCUUUCUACGCCACCAGCUCUCUACGUCACCAGCUCUCUACGCCACCAGCUUUCUACGCCACCAGCUCUCUACGUCACCAGCUCUCUACGCCACCAGCUUUCUACGUCACCAGCUCUCUACGUCACCAGCUUUCUACGUCACCAGCUCUCUACGUCACCAGCUUUCUACGCCACCAGCUUUCUACGCCACCAGCUUUCUACGCCACCAGCUCUCUACGUCACCAGCUCUCUACGUCACCAGCUUUCUACGUCACCAGCUCUCUACGUCACCAGCUCUCUACGCCACCAGCUUUCUACGCCACCAGCUCUCUACGUCACCAGCUCUCUACGCCACCAGCUUUCUACGGCACCAGCUCUCUACGUCACCAGCUUUCUACGCCACCAGCUUUCUACGCCACCAGCUUUCUACGUCACCAGCUCUCUACGUCACCAGCUUUCUACGCCACCAGCUUUCUACGCCACCAGCUUUCUACGUCACCAGCUCUCUACGUCACCAGCUCUCUACGCCACCAGCUUUCUACGUCACCAGCUCUCUACGUCACCAGCUCUCUACGCCACCAGCUUUCUACGCCACCAGCUCUCUACGUCACCAGCUCUCUACGCCACCAGCUUUCUACGUCACCAGCUCUCUACGUCACCAGCUUUCUACGCCACCAGCUUUCUACGCCACCAGCUUUCUACGCCACCAGCUUUCUACGCCACCAGCUCUCUACGUUACCAGCUCUCUACGCCACCAGCUUUCUACGCCACCAGCUUUCUACGUCACCAGCUCUCUACGCCACCAGCUUUCUACGCCACCAGCUUUCUACGCCACCAGCUUUCUACGCCACCAGCUCUCUACGUCACCAGCUCUCUACGCCACCAGCUUUCUACGCCACCAGCUCUCUACGUCACCAGCUCUCUACGCCACCAGCUUUCUACGCCACCAGCUCUCUACGUCACCAGCUCUCUACGCCACCAGCUUUCUACGUCACCAGCUCUCUACGUCACCAGCUUUCUACGUCACCAGCUCUCUACGUCACCAGCUUUCUACGCCACCAGCUUUCUACGCCACCAGCUUUCUACGCCACCAGCUCUCUACGUCACCAGCUCUCUACGUCACCAGCUUUCUACGUCACCAGCUCUCUACGUCACCAGCUCUCUACGCCACCAGCUUUCUACGCCACCAGCUCUCUACGUCACCAGCUCUCUACGCCACCAGCUUUCUACGUCACCAGCUCUCUACGUCACCAGCUUUCUACGCCACCAGCUUUCUACGCCACCAGCUUUCUACGUCACCAGCUCUCUACGUCACCAGCUUUCUACGCCACCAGCUUUCUACGCCACCAGCUUUCUACGUCACCAGCUCUCUACGUCACCAGCUCUCUACGCCACCAGCUUUCUACGUCACCAGCUCUCUACGUCACCAGCUCUCUACGCCACCAGCUUUCUACGCCACCAGCUUUCUACGUCACCAGCUCUCUACGUCACCAGCUCUCUACGUCACCAGCUUUCUACGCCACCAGCUUUCUACGUCACCAGCUCUCUACGUCACCAGCUCUCUACGCCACCAGCUUUCUACGUCACCAGCUCUCUAUGUCACCAGCUUUUUCUAUUUCUCUCUGAGUUCUCUUCAUUCUGAAUUUGUAUACAAGAAUAUUUCAGAAUUUCGAAGCGAUUGA